AUGUCGGGGUUCAAGUCCUUUGCUGUUGCUGGUGCUGGAGAUAUCGGGCGAUUCAUUCUCGAGGAGCUCGUCCGUCAUGUUACGGGUGGGAGUGUUACGAAUGUUGUCGCACUUACUCGGUCGAGCAUCGGAUACGACGACUUGAAAGCACAGGGAAUCGUGUUCAAGACAGUUGACUAUUCGGAUCCCGCCAGCCUGGUUACUGCUCUGCAGGACAUCGAUGUAGUGAUCUCCGCCAUAUCAGGGGGUGCCCUCCUCGCCCAGAUCCCCCUUGCGGAUGCUGCCAAAGCGGCUGGCGUCAAACACUUCGUCCUCUCCGAAUAUGGUAAUCGGUCCGACGGCAAAACCUACGGGAUCUUCGCAGUAAAGAAUCGUGUCCGGGAGCACCUCCUUUCGUUGGACCUGCCCCACUCGCAGUUCUUCACCGGUCCAGUCUCCGACUGGUUCUUCGACGGACGCCCCGAAUGGGGGUUCGACCUCCCCAAUGGCAAGGCAGUGGUUGGAGGAUCUGGAAAUGUGCCAAUCUCAUGGACAUCCAGUCCGGACAUCGCCCGCUACAUGGUUUACGUGCUCACCCACGUGUCUCCUACGGAGCAGAGGAAUAAGCCGUUUGCCAUCGAGGGAGAGCGGAAGACCAUCAACCAGAUCCUCGAGGAGUACCAAGCACGCAGCGGAAGGAAGCUCGAGGUCACUUACGAAUCGAAGGAGUUCUUGGAGAAGCAAGUCAAAGAGCAUCCUCAUGAUUACGAGAAUGGGCUUAUCAGGCUCCUACACCUGGAAUGGGAGAGGGGCGAAGGACAGACAGGCACCCCAGAAGAGGUCAAUAAGUAUUGGCCUGACUUCAAGCCUGCUAAAGUCGUCGACGUCAUGCUCAGUCUCUAGGCCUCC